GGCCCCAACACUUUACAAAUGAGGAACUCAAGGCACGUGACUCACCCCAGGCCUUUCAGCCAAACCCAGCAGGAGCUAAAUUUCCUAACCUUCAGGCCAGUCUUUGGUCUCCAACCUAAUGGCAACUUGUAAGAGCUGGACAACCGAUCUAUGUUUUACUGUAUCUUAUGGAGCAUUGGGAGGGGUCCUGCUCCUAAUUGUGGUCCUUCUAUCCGUAUGUCUGUGUUGGCUCCAUCGGAGAGUGAGGAGGCUGGAGAGGAGCUGGUCCCAGCCUUCAGAGCAGGAGCUCCACUAUGCAUCUCUGCAGAGGCUGCCUGACAGUGAAAGAGAAGGCAUCAAAGAGGACCCCAGUGCUGACUACGCCUGCAUUGCCCAAAACAAAGCCACAUGACAGGCCCCAAAUGACUCCCUCAACCCAGGGGUGCCUGCCAGAGUUGUCUUAUGGUUCACCUAAUAAAAGCCUUUGUCUUGCAGGCACAGGGUCCUGGGUUUUUUCCACAUCAUCAUGCAAAAUGUCAGAACAGUAAUUUAAUCUCAUAAUAUCCAAACUUAAUUAAAAAAAAUUUUAAAGUC